AUGCAGCUGCUGGCUGUCUUCAUCUUGGUUUUUCCAUGCUAUGGUACUAGAACUAGCCAAGCUUCAUGCAAUCAACUUGAUCGGAACUCUUUGUUAUCCAUCUACAAUGGAGUCUCUACUUCAUCUCCUUUAAAUUGGAGUGUUUCAAUUGACUGCUGUUCUUGGGAAGGUGUUAGUUGUGCUUAUAAUGGUCGGGUGUCCCGCCUAUGGCUGAAUUCACGAGGCCUUGAAGGAAAAAUCUCUAUUUCAAUCACAAACCUCAGCCAUCUUAGACAACUCAGUUUGGCGCACAAUCAGCUCAGUGGCCAUCUGCCAGAAAGGCUUUUUUUGUCACUAAAUAGACUGGAAAUGAUCGAUUUAAGCUACAAUAGUCUCUCUGGACAAUUACAGGCAUCUGGUGAUCAUUUGCCAGUAUUCAUCAAAACAGUGGAUCUUUCCAGUAACAACUUUGAAGGGAUUGUUCAUUCUCUGUUCCUACAGCCAGCGAGGAACUUGAUUAGUUUCAAUGUCAGUAAUAACAGCUUUUAUGGCCAACUACCUUCCGUUAUCUGCAACUUCUCUGCUUCAAUCAUACUUCUUGAUUUUUCUUUGAAUCAUUUCAACGGUUCGAUUCCCUUUGGCUUUGGAACCUGCUCCAACUUGAGGGUAUUGCGUGCAGGUUUCAAUUCAAUUAUGGGAUCUCUUCCUGGUAAUUUUUUUGAUCUAUCAACUUUGCAAGAAAUAUCCUUUCCAGGCAAUAAAAUUUCAGGCCCAUUGAGUAAUGGCAUUGUGAAUCUUACCAGCCUAAAAGUUCUUGAACUUUAUGCCAAUGAAUUGAUUGGCCCAAUCCCUCAUGAGGUAGGGAAACUUUCCAACUUGGAGUAUCUGCUUCUUCACAUGAACUACCUGAAUGGCACUCUUCCCUUGUCGCUGAUGAAUUGCACUCGACUCACAAAGCUGAAUUUUGGAGUCAACUCUCUUUCCGGUGAACUUUCUGGCAUUGAUUUCUCAAAUUUUCUUCGGCUUAGAACAAUUGAUCUUGGGACUAAUUUGUUCAAUGGUAGCUUCCCCUUGAGUAUUGCUUCAUGUCCAUCAUUGACUGCAAUACGCUUGUCAACUAACCAGCUCACAGGGGAGAUCCAACCUGAGAUACAAUCCUUACAAUCAUUGUCUUUUUUCUCAAUUGCCAAUAACAGUCUAACCAACAUCACAGGUGCAAUCAGAAUUCUUAGUGGCUGCAAAAAUCUCGGCGUAUUGCUACUCUCAAAGAACUUCCGUCAUGAAAGCUUGUCAAAUGAAGGAAACUUGGUUGGUUCUGAUGGAUUCCCGAAUCUUAUGGUUCUGGCAUUAGGACGGUGCCAAUUAAAUGGGAAAAUCCCUAUUUGGCUGGCUAAACUUGGGAAAUUGGAAGUUCUUGAUCUCUCAGAAAAUGCAUUCACUGGUCCAAUUCCUAAUUGGUUAGGAGUUUUGCCAAAUCUGUUUUAUUUGGAUUUAUCUAACAACUUACUUUCAGGUCAAUUAUCAGCUCAAGUCCUAGGAUUGCCACGACUAGUACGUAAGCAGAUGGCAGAUGAAGUACACUAUUCCUACAUUGAGUUGUCGCUUUUUGUAAAACCCUAUAACCUCUCGUCCCUGCAAUACAAUAAGCUAUCUAGCUUGCCACCAGCUAUAUAUCUUAAUGGAAACCACCUCUCUGGGAAUAUUCCCGUGGAAAUUGGCCAAUUAAAGUUCAUUCAUAACCUAGACCUCAGUGAUAACCAACUCUCAGGAAUCAUUCCUGACUCAAUAUCAUAUCUGACUAACUUAGAGAGGCUGAACCUUUCUGAAAACCAAUUUUCUGGUGAAAUACCUUCUUCACUCAAGAAUCUUCACUUUUUAUCGUCCUUCAGUGUGGCAAACAACAAUCUACAGGGCCCAAUACCCACUGGAGGUCAGUUUGAUACUUUCUCAGACGCAAGUUUUCUCGGCAAUCCAGGCUUAUGUGGUCAACCUCUUGGGCGCCCUUGCACUGAUCUACGAAAGACCACAGCUGCACUCUCUCCAGCAGAUAAGGAGAGUCUAGAAACUAAAGUCAUAUUUUGGCUCACAUUUGGGAUAGGUUUUGGCAUCAGUUUCAGUGUCAGUUUUGUAACAGUUGGUUUAAGUUCAAGAAUGUUUCCCCCAGGAUCCUGUUGUAGGAGAAUAUUCUAUCAACUCUAG